GUAUGUAUGGAAUUCUGAAUUCUUAACAUUUGUUUAUGUUACAUAAAUCUCCAAAUACUUUAUAUACAAACUAAUAUCACUAAGGAAUGAAAUGAAAUAAAAUUCAAUGUAACCUACAAUACAUUCUUGAAAAAUUUUGGCAGAUCCAUUAGCCACCACUUGAAAAUUAUUGUUGAAAUUAUAAUUUUAGCCUUGUCUUGUAUUAUCUUGGUGAGAUAACAACAUAAAGGCCAUAUGUGGCCAUAUAAACAGUGAAGAAGAAGAGACCCCAUGUGUUUUUAUUGUAUAAAAAUAUAAACUAAAUCGUAAACAUUAGAAAUAAACAAUGGGUUCUGAACAUUCUAGCCAAUCUGCACAAAACACUCAGAGACAAAGUAGUUUUAACAAAGAAGCUUCUAAACAACCAAAUGUUCGUCGUCAACAUACCAUAGCUAAUCCUGGAGGAUCUGAAUUUACUACUGAAAAUGUUGAUAUCAGACCAGGGUCUAUAUCCCCAGGUCCAAGUGUCUGCAGUGAUGUUGACUUACCGUAUAUUAGCUACACAGUGAACAGACCUAUUGGAGAUUCCCCCAAAUUAACGAACAAACAAUUACUAAAAACAAAAUCGCGCAGAACAUCCCAGCCCAAACCAUCAAAAUCCAAAACAUCCACCCACAAUAUCGUGGUAGUUCGUGGAGCGAAUCCUGCAACAGCAGUUACAGAAAAAGAUCCCGAAAUACUGAGGUUACAAAGCAUUCCGAUGUUUUUGCCAAUAAUGAGAGCUACACUGAGUUUACCUGCAGCAAGAGAUCCUGAAGUAUUAGAGAGAUUGGACCCUACACCUAUUAGAAAUUUAUGUUUGAGGUAUCAGCAUCAUUUGACGGCUGCAGCAAAUUUAGUAGCUACCGAACAAAACCAAAUUACACAUAAAAUCAGAGAGAUUGAUGCAGAAAUAACAAGAGUAGUAAUCGUAGCCACAGACAGGCAACGUAAGUAUGCCAAAUCUAGCGAAAAGCUAUCCAAAGUGACCGAACUGUCUCAUCAAUUAAACCGCUGCCAUAUGUUGCUGAAUCAAACUCUAGAAUCGAUGGAAACAUUGAACAAUUACUUGGACGUUGAAGACAGGUUGGAACCUUUCAUUUGGACGACUGGGUGAGAUUUGCUUCAAGAUCCUUAUGAGGUUGAAAAUGAGGGAAACAUGAGUGAGGAUCUAGAGAUAUAAUAUUAAAAUUAUUGUGAUAAUGUAGUAAAUUAUUGUAGAUUUCAGCUAUUAGAUAUAUACCUACCAAUUUUAAGAAUAUUAUAGAUAUAAAGUGUA